UUGUUCCAUAAUGGCCCAUGGCCCACAACUAUAUAAAACAGAUGUAUUUGGGCCGUGGUGUAAAGGCCCAACAUACAUAAUUGCCACUCUCUUUCACCUAUUCUACUAACUGCUUCACAGUUCAUGCUCAUCUGAAAUACCAGACAAUCACCAGAUAACCAGAAAAGAAAUAUCAGAAAUGGCCGAAGAGUUGGUCGUACAACUGGCCUUCUUCCUUAUGACCUUAGCGAUGUUCUUCGCUGUAUUGAAAUAUCCCAAACAAGCCCUAACCAAGUUCCGCACCAAGAACCGAAACCGAACCACAGUUCAGUCCAGCCACCACUUAGCUCAGGCAUCGAACCUGUUGGAACGGACCCGAUCCAUUCAUCGCAAGGCCCAGUCUCUGGCCCACGCCAAGAACGCCCUGGCGGAAGCGGAGAAAGUCGUCUCUCUCUCCCCGAGAGACCCCGCCGCUCAUAUCAUCAAAGCCCUGGCUUUGGAUCUCAUGGACCGCCAAACCUCCGCGCUGCGAUCCCUUGAUCUGGCGCUGUCUCCUCCAUGCGCAAAGUCCCUUUCCCGAGGGGAGCGUGGGGACGCGCUGGUCAAGCGGGCCGAGCUUAAAUUGGCCAUGAACCGGAAGCGUCGGGUCGACUCAGCAGUAGACGACCUGAUUGAGGCAGUCCGGUUGUGCGAUGGCGAUGCCGGAUCGAGGGCGUUGUGUUUAUUGGGUCAAUGUUACGAGUGGAAAGGAUUGAUGGAAAGUACUCGGGAGAAUUGUGAGAAGGCAUUGAGUAUGGAACCCGGUUCGUUCGUAGCUCGCCAAGGGUUGGGCCGAUCGGGUUCGUAGCAAAAUUAAACCGGUUUCAAAUUUUGCUUUCUACAGUCCGUGUGCAAUUUAUUCAUUAGAUGAGGACGAAAUGAUCAUAUUUUUUCAUUUUUCAUUUUUAUUUAAUUGUAUGUUUAACUUGGCGUAUCAAUCCUUCUCAAUUAAAAAUUCAUUACA